AUGGAAUUUUUGAAAAGCACCGAAAUCGAUUUCAAAAAUUUGAACGAACAAUGGGACGUCGUAGCAGGCGUUUUUGAGGAGGACCAAACACUAUUUUUUAAGGUUGUUUCACAUGUGCUGGAUGAAGAAGACAAAAAUAACCACAACACAGUCAUUGGGUUUGUGAAUGAAAAAGGAGACGAAAUGGAAUUGGACAAAGUCAAAGAGUGUUUGGGUACACACAUUAUGAAUAAAGUAAAUAAAGACAUAUACAACGCAUUUUUGGCGAAAGCGACAUUACAAGGAACAACAAUUGUCUCGGUAUUGCCUUCUAUCAUUGAAAGUAGUGAUUUGUUCGACUUGAUUAAAGUUGAGAUGUUCAAUCAAAGCUCAGUGAACGAGUUGUUUAAAACAAUGAAAGAGAAAAACGAUGAAGAUACUACAAAAGUGGUCUUGAAAUUGCUCACACUAUUCCCAUUCGAAAAUUUGGACGUCAGCGAGCGCACGUUUCUGUCUGAACUUGCCAUCCAAAACGAAACAAAAAGUGAAAAAUUGAUCCGCCUGUGUUGCGCAGUCCUCCGGCGCGCAAAGGCGAACAUCCCAGACAUUUUGUAUUUGAUUGAAAAGGGCGAGGACCAUGUUACGAACGCAGCAGCAGAUGAAUUGUUCUCGGAAUGUCUUGAGCCUUCUAAUUUGACGGUGAUCAGACAAUUGAUUCUCAAUAAAAUGCCCCCGUCAUGCCCACGAGUUAAAGAUGUCAUAGUUACUGUUCUUCAAGCAAACACCCCAUCUCUCAGUUCGAUUGAGAGAGUCAAAAUUGCUUUAGAAUUAUCCAGAUAUCGCCAUUUGCGUGGAUUGCGAGAGUACAUCAUUGGUGUUAUUCAAGACGCAGAUAUUAAAGUGAACGAAGUCAUCACCACCUGUUUUGAGGUACUAACGAAAAAGGGUUUGAAUUUCCAAGAGGAUUUAGUCGACAGUUUAAGAUAUGUCUUUGAACGGAUUAUCCCGGUUAACCAACAAUUACAGCCACGAAUAAUCACUGUAUUGUAUAACGGAGAGUAUAUCAAAGUGUUUAAAAGAGAGACUGCAAACGAUUUAGUCGAUCGAUUAAAGACUAAAGGUGUUGUUGUGGCCUUUGGUGAAAUUAUUAAGAAGGAUGUGGCUCUAGAAGAUGUUGGCUUGAAGGAUGGCGAUGAAAUACAAAUAGACAAGACAGUGGUGUAUUCUAAUGUUAAAGUAAAAGAAGCUUUAGUCGUCGACCAAGUGAUCUCUAACACCGUCUCACAACUGAUUAGUGGAAAUGUCGAUGGCAAAUUAAAACUAUUAGAAGUGCUUCCUUAUGUAAAACAAGCAUUCCAACCGCAGUACGUACCUUACAAAUUUUAUAUGUACUUGAAAGAGAAUGUCAGUCUUGACGAAUUGUCUGAGGAGUUGUUGUGUUUUGACGCCACUGAGAAAGGUUCUGAAGAAAGUUUGGAGGCACUUUGUGACUUACUUGGAGUGCUUGGAGAAGAGAUGCAAAAACUCAUGGUGAUGCAGUUGUGUUCGGAACCAAUAGGAGAAGGCGCACUACCACUUGUACAUCAACUGAUCAUAUCUCCAAGCUUACAUAAAGUCGUGCCAGAAUACUUCUGGAAGUGUGUGUUGCGCAUUUCACCACUACUGAGAAAUCAAGACAAACACGAGUUCUAUUUUCACUCGAUUUUCCUCUUCCACCACAUCCCCGAGUUUGUCAACACAAUUAUCGAGUCACAAGACAUCGUUUUGAUUUCACUUCUUUUACAACAAACACACACACAAGAGGUGCUGGAGAAAUGCAAAAUGGUUGUUGGCAUGAUCGAUGCAAACGACGACGAAAUUGAAAAUUUGAAGGUGAAUGGGUGUAUCGACUAUUUGUACGACACUUAUAAGUACUUCCCUAAGUCUCCCGAGAGCAUCAUAAAAUUACUCGAAGAAACUAAAUCCGAGAGAACACGAUGGGUGUUGUUGUGUUCAAUGAAAAACAAGAGCAGUGAAAUCAUAAACAAAUUCAAUGAAGAACUUCCAAUGGAUGGAAUGAACACUUUCGAGUUUAAUGGGUUUAAAAAUCCGUCAGUACUAUGUUAUAUGAACAGUGUUUUAGUCCAGUUGUUGUCUAUUGAUGAAUUCCAAAGCGUUUUGAUGAAGACUGCGUCGACAAAUCGUAUUGUCAAUUUACUCAAGUCUGCGUUGAACUAUUUUAUGAAGAAUUUGGACGAAUUUGAUAUUAGACUGUUGAUGAACGAAAUGCAGAAAAUGUUCCCAUCGACGAAUCUGAAUGAAUUCAAUGACGUCUCGGAAUUCUUGAUGCUUCUUUGGGACGCCCUUGAGAAGCAACUUGACUCAAAUGAUUACAAACAAUUGUCGCACUACUUCUCUAUUGUAACUGAAGAGAAGUUUGGCCUUGACAAAUCAAUUAAGAGGGAAGUUCAGAUGUCAUUGUUAGUACCUUAUGGUAUGCGUUCAAUUGAACAGUAUAUAGCUGAAACCGACAAUUUAAAACACAUUGUGGAAUGCCCCGAUUAUUUACAAAUACAGCUGCAACGUUCUUUAUAUGACAGUGAAAGUAAAAGCGGUUGGAACAGCACCGAUAUGGUCAGUUUUGGAUACGAACUUGAGCUCCCAAAAGAAAACGACAGUGUGAAGUACAGUUUGAAAGGCGUCAUUGUCCACAUGGGAACAGUUUCUGUCGGCCACUACAUCUCAUACAUAGUUGAUCCGUCCAACAACGAAGAUUGGUUCUGUUUCAACGACGACAAAGUAUCACACAUCUCUUGGUACAACUUCGACAUCCAGACAAAAUGCUUCGGACAACAAGCAAACAGUGAAUUUGUGCCAACUGCAUACAUCUUGAUCUACCAGAAAAUGCAUAAAGUGAACAGGUGUGUUAAUCAAACAAUCAGUUUCAUUGCUGAGACACAACAGAGACAAUUGCCUUUGCCAACACAAAUGGUAGAAAAAUUGUUUGCCUUUUCAGUGACACAAGAACCAACAAAGGACACCUUGCGGGCACUUUCUCUGAUCAAGGACUGUUACAUCGACGUUAGUAAUAAGCCUUUGGUCGUGAAGCUUCUGCGCUAUUUGGUUUCAAACAAUGAAGUUGUUCGAGUCUGUGUUUACCAACUCUUUGCAAACUACCACAAAUUGCCUGUUCUGGACUUCAAUUACGUAACAAUAGUGUCAAACCUUUUGUCAACCAAUUACACAUAUUUGUUACCAACAACUACAAGCAAUAUCACACAAUGGCUCUUGUUCUUAGAGUCGUUCUGUAGUCGAGAGGAUAUCGGGUCGAUUGGUAAAACUGUCUUAAUAUAUGCAACAAAGUCACUUUCUGUGUUGAACAAUGACGUUCCAAAUGCGCAACAAGUCAAGACGCUGUUAUAUCAGCUGAUUGGGAUGUCACACCCAACUAUAGUUGAAAUACAACAGGAACCACAAUUACUGCGAUGCGUGUUGUUAUCCAAAAAUGGGAGUGAAGAGAUCAAACAUAUGUUCAACGACCAACUCUUUGAGUUGUCAUUGUUGAUUAAAGAAUGUUUUGAUUGUGAAGAUGUGUUGCUUUACACUGAUUUAAUACAAAUGAUUUUAGACUCAGAGAAUGUGAAUGCCAUUUAUUCUCUCUUGUCCAUUUAUACAGAAUCGAACCGCUCCUCGAAACACAAAUCUCUAAAACAAGAAUUCACCAAUGGCCUCUUUACACUCGUUAAACCGACUCCACGAGGGUUGAUGCUCCUCGAGAAGAUUUUGAAAAACAAGGACAAACCAAUAGUGAGGCAGUGUUUGAAUUGUAUGUACGGCGCAUACGACUUAAUGCGAGACAUUUGCACGCAGUAUGUGCACUCGAUAAAACCACAAAUCACGACUUUCGAACAAGCAAAAGCCGAGAUUAUCAACAUUGGGUUUGCGAUCAUCUGUGAAGAGUGUGACUCCCAUCCUUAA